AUGAAUAUUGAACCCAAUGUUAACGUGAGCAAAUCAUGUGACCGGAUAUUAAAGCGGCGUAAACCGGAAGUAGCACUCCCGGCUCCGGCCGCCGAAUUUGACGAAGAAUAUUUUCAGAUUAAUUCGACACUCCGCAGGUCCCGGCGUCUGCAAGAGAAGAAAAAAGCGUACAAUGGACCGUACUGCGGUUGUGCCCGGGCAAAAGUGGACUGUACACCUAGUCCGUACGACACACAAGGACUUCCGUACAAGGCUGGAGACUUGAUACAGAUAAUAAGUCGGAACCCUAGUGGUAUAUGGUUAGGGGAUAAUAAAGGACGGACAGGAACCUUCAAGUUUAUUAACGUGGAAGAGCUGGAGGUUUUGCCCGAACCAAACCUCCAAAUUACUGAACACACGCUGACCGGUCUCCUCUGCAGCCUGGACCUCGCGCACUUGACCUCAAGAUUGAUAUUAAACGGUUGGGAUAGUUUGUGUAAGCUAAAGAGAAUGAAUAGAAAGGAUCUUAUUUACCUCGGGGUGGAGGAUCGAACAGAACAGGACAAACUUCUCACUGCAGUUUCCGUCCUACAGGACAUUAGGACCACCCCGGCUGAGUGGACGAGUUUAGGAGAAGAGAGUCCGGACGACCGGACGCUUUCAAGGAUGGAUUCGGGAUAUUAUGAUAUUCGAGAUUCCGAAUCGGACGAACUCGACUGCGAAAGGUUAAUUCGAACCCUGAGUUUCGAGUCGCUUAAUCUUUUCCCUGCAGAUUAUAAAUACUCGAGUAGUGACUCGAGUGAUAAUAUUAAAAGCGAAUCGAAAGGUUCGAAACUGCUAAGUAAAGUGGGUGAAACGUCAAAAGACCCAAGUGAAAAACUGGAUGUGGAGCCAAGACUUCGAGCCCGGGCCAGGGUCUCCGAGUCGCGAUUAUCAAUCGCUGAACCUAACUCGCAUCUCAAUAAGUCAUUUUGAUAUGUUAAAGAUAUUGUUAAUACCAUGAAAUAUAUAUAUAUAUAAUAUAUUUGUUAAUCUUUUCGGACUCAAUUUAAUAAAAGAUAAAUUGUU